UGAUUUCUUAGAGGACCCGACCAGAGCAGUGUUUGAAGAACUGAACUUGAAAGCAGCACGGUGAGAGGAAGGAGGAUGCCGCAACAAAGCUGUGAAGAAGGACCCUACAACAACUACACGCGCCCGGUUGAGUUGCGGCGUUAAAUGCGCGCUCCUGUGUGCCUCAACUCAGCAACAAUAUGUGUAUGGCAUUACGAAGACACUGGAUAAAGAAGUCACAACCACAUAGCUUUUCUGAGUUGACAGGACCUUGCUAAAUUUCAUUUGUCCAAUGGAAGCCAGUGGACGCAGCCAGCGAUGGAAGAUGCAUGUCCCAGAGUUUAAACAUAGCAGGAAAUCCCAGAGUUCAAAAGACAGUGAGAGAGACAAGACAAGAGACAAAGAAGGUCCACACAAAAGUGUAACUAUAGCACCCCCCAACUCGAGCUGUCUGACAGAUAGACAAUAUGUAAAGAGAAAGCCCCUGUUCUCUGCAGAACAACAUGCAUCCAUCUUAAAGAAGACAUAUCCAACAACACAGGACAACACAGAGAAGGAGAACCAACUGCGUUUUAGCAGAAGAGAAGAACAUCAGCAACACACUGACAUGAAAUUCUUGACUAGAGCAAGAUCAGAGCUGACUCCGGAGAGUUUCAGCCCCUCUCACAGUGACAUCUGCUUUCCUUUAGCAUCUAGAGAGGACCUCGGCUCACCCCUCACUGUCUCAAAACUUAGGACCAAGUUAAGCCAUGAAGAACCCACUUUUGGAUCACCUUUUCCUCAGAAUAGCAGAUCAGCUCAACAGAGCCUGUCAAACUCAUUCCUGGAGGUUCAAAGGCUAAACCUUCCCCUGAGGCAGCCACUGUCCUCCACUGUUCUGUAUCCUACCUACAGCCCUCGUUCAGGGAACUACAGGCCAGGCCACUCUCAACUCAGGCACAGAGGAAAGGAAGGAGAAAAUGGGGGAGACACCAAACCUUUCUCUUCUAGAGGACAAUCAGAAGGACACCCAAUGACUCCCUAUCAGGCGAACUACUGGGCCUGUGCCAUCCAACAAACUUUGUCUCAAACUCCAGACUUGCACUCUGCAGGCUGGGACCCAAACCGGGACUACCAGGCCCUGCUGGAUUACACCUACCCCCUGAGAGCAGGAGAGGUGGUCACAGAGUGGAACAGCUCCGAGCCACAGGCAGAGUCUCUCCUCCAAACAGAUCCAAACAUGCAGGACUCAGGGAUUGAACUGACUAACUUUUGUAGCUCUACCAGCCAGUCAGGGUUGGACUUUACUAGAAGCAGCACAAGGCAUUCCAAAGAGAGAAGCAAUGUUAGUGUGGGUCACACGUUAUCUGAUGGUCUGCCCUCAAGUGUCUCGACAGAUCCUGUGGUGUUUUCUAGGGACAAUCUGGUCACCAGUAAAUACAGAGGUGGACUGAAUCGGUACAAAGUUGAUUGUCACCAUUAUCAACAUCAUGCACGGUCCUCUUCCACCUCUGCUGCUUUUAUCCGCUCCACCGGGCUUCCACAGUCCAGGUGUGUGUGUGGAGAGGUGGACGAAGAGUUCUAUCCUCUUCCAGAGAAGCUGGAGGAGCUGCAGCUGCUAUCCAGACAGAUGAGGGAGGUGACAGCUCAGCUGAGCCAGACUGCCACAGCCAGUUUGGCAUCUCUGGGAUCAGUCACCACCUCCAUCAUCAACUCCUCUAUCACCCUCCCUGAGAAACAGGAAGCUGGAGUCAAAGAGCCAGAGGGCAUCAGUCAAGACACACAUGAGGGAAAAGAUAAGAUUGGCAGAGAGGAGAUGAAUGCUGCUCAGACAGCUGAUCACAGGGACUCUGAGGCAGUGGAGAGGAGCUCUGGAGCCUGGCUAGAGCCUGUUGUAGAGGGACUAAAUCAGCCCAGUCUCAGGGAGCUGGAGGCUUUGGUGGAGCAGCUGUGUGGCCUCGCCAUGCCUUGCAGCCAAAAGAACCGCCAGGAGAACCAGGAGCAAAGUGACUCCCUAAUGCAACACAUCCAGGUGUUCUGUUCACACCUAGAGCAGCUCAUCCAGUGGCUCUAUACUGUAUCAGAGAAGAUGGAGCUGCUGGCUGCACCCACUGUGGACAUAGACAGUGUGAGGUCGUCCUUGGCUGAAUAUCAGAGUUUUCAAAGAGAAGUGAGCAGCCAUCGGUUCCUGACCACCUCUGUUCUGCACACUGGACAGCUUCUCCUCAGCUGCGUCAACACCACAUCUCCAUUUUUAAGAGACACCCUGCUGUUGAUCGAGAGGCAGACUGGAGCUCUGGAGACCCACACGGAGCACUUCUUCUCCUCCAUCCUGUCUGCCAUGGACACCCUGACUCAGCCCAGUCCAGGCCAGAGGAGCAGAGAAGAAGACCUCAGCCCUGUUGGGGUACAGGGGUUCACUUUAUAAACAGACUGUAGGAUCCAUAUGUAUACAAAUGUGGACAGAGUGCACAAUCUGAAUCUGACAUGAAGUUACAGAGUCCACAGAGCAGCAGCACGAGCUCUGAUUCGCCAGCUGGAGUAUGCUGGCAGGAACUUCUUUCUCACAGGAAGCAAUAACUUUUUAACCUUUUCUAACCAGCUGGUUUAACAAAGUAACCACAGGACAUGUGGUAGCUUUCUACAAGUACAACAUAACACCAGCUCUUUUAAAACAUAUUUUGAUCUGUUCUCACUGAUGUCAGUGUUGUGUGUUGAGUUAGAGAGUUCUUGUCAUUAGUUAGUUCACCCAAAUCACAAAAUAACAUUUCUCUCUUCUUUCCAGUCAGACACUUUUGUGUUUAUUUGUUCAGCUUUGGCGAUAUCUGUCUCUGAGCCUUCUGCCCCCAGUACAGUACAAUAGAAGUGAAAAGAAAUUAACAUGUGGUGCUCACGAUGUUAAACAGUGAUCCACCAUAAUAUCUCUUUCCAGAAUCAGUCACUGAUGUUACUUACAUCUGCAACCUGGACAAUACAACAUCAACAUGUUUAGGCCAUAUCCUGAUCUACCACUUGUGCAUAUCUUGAUAUUAGGAGAGCUCCUGAAAAGCACCUCUAUUCAUAAAUGCUAGGACUGGGUGAUACAAUCGUGUCACUUUACUGCUAUCCAGCCUUUAACACCGAGAUUCAAGAUUCAAAGGUUUAUUUGUCACAUGCUCAUACAGAAUGUGCAGUGAAAUGUUUUUGUGACAUGUACUGUACUUCUGUGCUCAAUUUAAGUAAAAAUAAAAAUAUAAUGCGGUGCAAGUAAAAUACAGUAGAAUAUAAUAAAUACAAUAAAAUACAAUACAAUAAAAACAUUUUUUUGUUGUUGUUCAGAGUGCAGAGUUUAGGGCUCUGAUUGCCGCAAGAAAAAACUGUAUCUCAUCCUCUCUGUGCGUGUUUUAUGACAGCGCAGGCAACUGCCUGACCUGAGGGUCACAAACAGUUGCAGGGGUGAUGGGGAUCCUUGAUAAGCCUUCUAGCGCUGAUGGUAUAGCGUGCGGUAUAAGUCAUGCAGAGGGGGAAGUGUGGUACCCAUGGUCCACUCAGCAGUCCUCACCACCCUCUGAAGGGCUCGUCGGUCCCCAUGAGAGCUGUUACCAUACCAGACAGAUAUGGCUCCAGUCAGUAUACUCUGUACAGCAGCAGAGUAGAAGGAGAUCAGGAUCUGUUGGGAGACCUUGAAUCUGCUGAGAUAAAGGCGCUGUCUUGCCUUUUUCGUGUCACAGAAAAUCUAAAAAUCUAGAUGGUGGGCAGAAAUCCACCACCAUCUCCUUGGUCUUCUCUCCAUUUAGCAGUAGGCUGUUAUCCUUGCACAACGUUGUCAGGUCUGACACCUCCUGUAAGUAGGCCCGUUCUUCGUUGUUAGUGACCAGGCCCACCACAACCGUGUCGUCCGUGAACUUCGCGAUGGUGUUGGAGUUGUGCCUGGCGGCGCAGUCGUGUGUACAGGGAGUACAGCAAAGGACUCAGCACACAGCCCUGGGGGACACCAGUGUUAUGGAUGAGGGUGUGUGAUAUGUGCCCUCCCACUCUGACAACCUGAGGCCUGGCAGUCAGGAAGUCCAGGAUCCAGGAACACAUUGAUGGAUUCAGGCCCAGGUCAUGCAAGUUAGUAGCCAGCCUGCUGGAGACUACAGUGUUGAGAGCUGAACUGUAGUCUAUGAACAGCAGUCUGACAUAGCCCCCUCCUAUGGUGUCAAGGUGGGAGAGAGUGGAGUGCAUGACCUGGGAGAUGACGUCGCCUGUGGAUCUGUUGGAACGGUAAGCAAACUGCAGUGGGUCUAAGGUGCCCUGAAGAGAAGAGCAGAUGUGGUCUGUCACCAACCUCUCAAAGCAUUUCAUAACCACCGAGGUAAGUGCUACAGGACGAUAGUCAUUCAUACCAGCUGGAGAGCCGUUCUUGGGCAAAGAAAUGAUGGUGGACAUCUUGAAGCAUGUGGGGACUGUGGAUUGUGCGAGAGAGACUGAAUAUGGUGGUGAAUACUGGAGCUAGAAGGUCAGCGCAGGUCCUGAUGACUCGUCCUGAGAUCCUAUCCGGGCCUUACGCCUUUCUGGUGUUCACCCUUUUCAGCUCCCUUCUAACGUGGUGCUCACAGAUAACGGGGUUGAGUGCUGCCUCAUUGGAAGAGCUCCUUCUAUCUGCUUUAGUCAGCCCAGCGUUAGCAUGGCCAGCGUUAGCAUUGCUAGCUUCGAAACGUGCAUAGGAGUUCAGUUCGUUUGCUAGGGUCUCGUCCGCAAUCACCAAACAGGGGCGAGCCCCUUUGUAGUCUGUGAUCUCAUGUAAUCCCUGCCAUAUGCUUCGUGUGUCCUUUUUCUGGAACUGUGUUUCCAUCUUGUCCCUGUAGCGCCACUUAGCAUCCGCUAUAUCCUGCCUCAGUUUGUAACAUGCAGCCUUGUAUUCCGUCAUGAAAUAACGUCUAACAACGGUGUCUGAGCGCUAUUUCUUUCCACCUGCCUUACAGGAUGGUUGCUGAGAUGGAUCAGCGUUUUUCAUCUCUCAACAGCCAGGUUCUAAAAGGUGUUCAGGCCUGUAAUCCAGGAUCUGACAACUUUCUCUGUGAGGAGGACCUCAGAGCUUGCUGGAUCAAGUCAUGUUCCCAACGUUGACACAGGUCAUUCAGAUAUCUCUGACCAUCCCAGUGUCAAGCUGCACAUGUGAAUGGAUGUUCAGUGUGCUGAGACGGCUCCACACUUGGCUGAGAAGCACAAUGGGGCAAGAUAGGAUUCACCAUCUUGCCAUCUUGUCAGUUGAGAGGGAGGAACUCUCCAAGUUAAGUCACUGUCAAGUGAUUGACCGCUUUGCCAAACUGAAACCGAGACAUUACAGUUUACUUCUCAGAAAAUGAUUCACUGAUUAAUGAUUAAUGCAGUACUAUAUGGCUUUAUUGUUUUGUGUAUAUUUUUUUUAUAGUUUUGUGUAUGUGAAUAGAACCCAGACAUGUAGGAGUGCUUUAUUUUUGUUUUACUGUUGCAAAUUUUCAGUUUGAAUGUGGUUGCUGAAAUAAAUAUUUGUGCUUCCUUUUUUUCAAG